CUAUGUGAAUAUGAAUUCAAUUUUACACUGUCUGUGACGACAAUUUGAAUUGGCAAACUUUAAAAUGUGAGAAGAUAGCAUUUUCACAACUGGAAACUAUCAAAAUAUAAACAACCAGUACCCACGAUAUCCUUUCGAGCAAUGAGACCACUAAUGAAACCACUUACGGUGGUUAUUGGUGUUGUUAUUCUUAGUGCUUUUUUCAUACUGUACAAAAUUUCCAGCAGUUGGAAUCUGCCAGCUCCCUACUUCCGUUGCAAUCCAAGCAUGAGACGGCAUGGUUUGAAGAAAGGACGAAAUUUUACCAUUCUUGACUGGAGUCCCACUUUCUUCAGCAAAGAAAACGGUCUUCCAGUGAAUGUCUAUUUCGACAAUUGCCUCAUAACUAGAGACAAGUCGCAGCUCGAGAACAGUGAUGUCGUCGUGAUAGAAGUUCGAGGCAUACGGUACUUCGAGGAUAUGCCAGAAGGACGGUCGCCAUGGCAACGUUGGGUUUAUUUGAAUAUAGAAUCGCCGUUCCAUGCGAUUUUAGGUGAGAGAGAUUACACUAUGGAAGAUUUUACUGGAAAAUAUGCGUUCAACUGGACAAUGACCUAUCGCACGGACGCGGACAUCCCCAUGUUGCACGGUUGGAGAGUGAAGAAAAACCAAACCGAGAGGAUGAACACAAAUAUCGACAGCAUUGUUCGUAGCAAAACGAAACUGGCGGCUGCUCUAAUGAGCAAUUGCUAUUAUGUCAAAAAUGGUAGGGAUAUAUACGUCGAGGAGCUCCAAAAAUACAUGAUGGUCGACGUGUUCGGCAAAUGCGGUACGUUGAAAUGUCCUGGACACUACACAAAGAACGCAUGCGAAAAGGUUAAAGAAUACAAGUUUUUCCUCGCAUUCGAAAAUUCAAACUGUAGAGACUACGUGAGUUUUAAAAUCUGGAUGCAGGGUUUUGGAAACAAUGCAGUUCCGGUGGUGUUUGGAGCCAAUAAAGAGGACUACUCGAAGCGCGUGAAAGUGCCCCCCAAUUCCUUCAUUCACGCAGAUGACUUUGAGACGCCAAAAGCGCUAGCAGAAUAUUUGAAAAUGUUAGAUAAAAACGAGACGGCUUACAGGCAAUUUCAUCUUUGGCGAAAAACGUACAAGAUAGAUUACGAUUAUCGAUUUAUGGGCACAUUUGCCUGGUGCAACCUCUGCUCCACCCUGAACAGGCGAUGCAACGAGGCGCCAAAAUGGCAUAAAACGAUCACCGAUUUUGAAAAUCCCGCCAAAGAUUGCCACCAGAAUAAGUGGGUGGAAACUCAAUGCGAAAACAAAACAUGUAGCCCUGAAGACCGCAAAGACUAGAGAUAGGCACGUGCGUGCAUAUGCGUAUUGUGGGUAGUCCUAUAGGUCUUAGUGCCGGUGUUGAUGCAAUAGACCUUUUCAGCUUGUAGCUUGCAUGUAAACUAAACUCAUUUCAGAUGUUUAAACCAUGGAAUAGCCAAUAAAACUUAACCAUUUCAUUUGAGAUGGGUUAAUUUGCAUACAAGCUGAAGAUUAGACGAGUUAAGCAUUUUGUGCCACGCACCACUCUAUAAAAAUGUUAUACAAUGCAAAUGACUGUGCAGCCAUAUUUCGAUUACUGCAGCCCGCUAUGGGAUAAUUGUGGAAUUAGCCACAAAGACAAGUUGUUGCAAAAAUAUCAAAAUCGGAAAGAUUUUGGUUUGAAGUAUAAAAGAGAUGUCAGAUAUCACCUAUAACUUUAGAAACAGAAAAACUGACCUAGCACCAACUAUGCCAAAAAUAUAAUUUGGCAAAAGGUUGUUCAAUUAUAAUGCAGCAACGCAUUGGAAUAGUCUCCCACAUGAGGA